CGAUGGAUUUGUCUUAUUCACAUAUACAUUUUUCCAGUGUUUAUUUUACAUCUACAAGUUGUGCACUUUAUUUAUCAGAUUUUGAGCUGGUUACGUUAUCAACAGAGGGUUAGCAGCGAUUAUUUUGGUUUUUCCUGGGAUUUUCCCUCAGUUUUGUAAUGACGCGUUCGGUUGCUUUUAUUAGAAUGGCCAGCAAGAAGGGAGAGCAGUAUAGAAGAGCCGCUGUUACUGUUAAAGGUGUUUUUACUGAAGCUCUGUAUCCAUUUUUGUUCUUGUGAUAAAGAUGACUUCUGUCUCGAUGAAAGCUCCGGUCUGUCUGAUUGAGAACACCGCUAAAAAUGAGCUGCAGGUUAACCAAGAGGCCUUGACUUUGCUCCAAGCCAUCAAGCAGCCCCUGGUCGUUGUGGCCAUUGUGGGGCUCUAUCGCACGGGCAAGUCUUUUCUGAUGAACAAGCUGGCUGGCAGUCAUACAGGAUUUCCAUUGGGAUCCACAAUACAGUCACAGACUAAAGGAGUCUGGAUGUGGUGUGUUCCUCACCCCAACAAGUCAGGUCACACUCUGGUGCUUUUAGACACAGAGGGACUGGGAGACGUUGAAAAGGGAGAUCAGAAGAAUGACACCUGGUUAUUUGUACUUGCUGUACUGCUCAGUAGCACUUUGGUUUAUAACAGCAUGGGAACCAUAAACAAUGACGCUGUGCAGAAUUUGCAUUAUGUCACAGAGAUGUCAAACUACAUUAAAGUGAAAUCAGACACACAGGCCACUGAUGACCCUAAAGAGCUUGCAGACUUGUUCCCAACAUUUGUUUGGGCUGUGAGAGAUUUCUCAUUGGAGUUAAUUCUGAAUGGAGAGACUAUUUCCCCAGAUGAUUACUUGGAGAAUUCACUCAUAGAGAAGCCAGACAAAAAUGAGGCCUACAAUCAACCCCGGGAGUGCAUCAGGAAUUACUUUCCAGUCCGAAAGUGCUUUGUAUUUGAACGGCCAGCUUCAGGAAGCAAAAUGAGAAGAAUGGAACAGCUUUCUGAUAGAGACCUUGAUCCAGAAUUUGUAACACAAUCAAAAGAAUUCUGUCAGUAUAUUCAUGACAACAACUGCCGAGUGAAAAUAAUCAAAGGUGGAAUUACUGUGACUGGACAAAUGCUGGGAAACCUCAUCCAGAUUUAUGUGGAUACAAUUCGCAGUGGGAAUGUUCCAUGCCUGGAUAAUGCCAUCCAGGCCCUGGCCCAGAUUGAGAAUACAUCUGCCGUUCAAAACGCAUUGUCACAUUAUAAGAGCAAAAUGAAGAAGAACCUCUUGUUCCAUGUAGACACUGAGAAGAAACUUUCUGACUUGCAUGGACAGUGUGAAAAAGAAGCAGUGACAAUCUUCCUGAACAGAUCCUUCAAAGAUGACAACCAGACAUUCCAAAGGAAGCUAGCGGCAUCCAUACAGGUGGAGUACGAAUCAUUCUGUGUGAAACAAGGAGAGGGAUCUGAGCAGCACUGUAAGUCACUUCUUCAAAAGCUUUCUAGGGAUUUGGAGGCUGCCGUGAAGGAAGGCAUCUACAUGAGGUCAGGAGGAUACCAACAAUAUAAGGAUGAUCUACAGAGAAUAGUCAAACAAUAUGAAGAGUCGCCUCAGAAGGGCAUGAAGGCUGAAGAUGUCCUAUUGAAAUUCCUUAAAGAAAGAGAUGAACUUGGAAAUUCCAUUCUGAAGACUGACAAUACACUGACUGGACAACAGAGGCAAAUCCAAAUUGAACAACUGAAAAUUGAAUCCAUGAGGAGGGAGGCGAAAGCUGCACAGGAACUACAAAAUACACUUCAGCUAAAAGUCUACGACCAGGAAAGGACACACCAAGAAAAUAUGGCUCAGUACAUGGCAAAGGUGGAGCAGGAGCACAGGAUUGCUCUGGAGGAGAACAAACGGCUACUGGAGGCAAAGGUCAAGGAACAACGAGAUCUCAUAGACCAAGGUUUCAGACAGAGGGAAGAUGAACUGAAUCGUCAGAUACAACAAUUACGAAACUUUACCCCACCACCACCACCUCAGUGUGUAGUGAUGUAGAUUUUGUUUUUUUGUCCCCAUUAAGCAUGUACUUAUGGUCUAUUUUGUUACCUUCCUUUAAAUUGACUUGGACAGAAUUCAUGCCACUAUUGCCUAUGCACACUUAAGGAUGAACACAGAAGAAGAAACGGAGCAUUGAGUUUUCAUGCAGCAAAUCCAAAACAUUCUUAUGGUGGCUGUUGGCAGAGAUUAGCCCAAAUGUUCCAUGAUGACCGCAAUCCUAGUGCAUAUAAGGGAACGAUUAGUCUGUUACAUUAUUGUUUUCAUUCCUCUGUCUCUUAUUCUCCUUAUUUAUAUAUUGUUUUAAAUUAUUUAUGGAAUUAAUGUAAUAUUAUUUUUUUAUGCUUCAUAAUAUAUGUAUGUUGUAAAAGAUCCAUUUAUGCAUUUCUGAGCCAAUUUCAUCCAUUGCAAGGUCAUAAUGAUCUGAAGUUUCUCUCCGCUAUAUGGCAAUAAUGACUCCUGAUGGAAUGCCAGGACA